AUGCCAGUCCUUUGUAAUAGAGUAGGAUGUGACAAAAAUGCUGUUUUAAAAAGGCCAAAAACCAAUGAUCCUAUGUGCAAAGAGUGCUUUUAUGAUUGUUUUGAAACAGAAAUACAUGUGACAAUAGUGAAAGGGGAAUUAUUUAAAAGAGGAGAUAAGGUUGCCAUUGGAGCAUCAGGCGGAAAAGAUUCUACUGUACUCGCUUAUAUUUUGAAACUUCUUAAUGAGCGUUAUGACUAUGGAUUGGAAUUGUUUUUAUUGUCCAUUGAGGAAGGAAUUAGCGGAUACAGAGAUGACAGUCUUGAGACAGUCAAACAGAAUCGAGAUGAUUAUCAGUUGCCAUUGAAAAUAUUAUUUUAUAAAGAUUUGUAUGGUUGGACUAUGGAUGAAAUUGUUAAACAGAUUGGUAAAAAGAAUAAUUGCACCUUUUGUGGUAUAUUUCGAAGGCAAGCUUUAGACAGAGGUGCUGCAUUGUUAAAUGCAGAUAUGAAUGAAAAUGAUUUCGUUAUUGUUGGAGGAGAGGGCACGAUUCCCAGAUGCAAGCCUCUAAAGUAUGCAUAUGAAAAGGAAAUUGUUAUGUAUGCUCACUAGAUAAAUUAGUGGUCUAAAUAAAUAAAAAUAUAGAAUAGUGAUAAAUCAGUGGUGAAUGAUUGUGUGCUAGUUG